AUGUGGCCAUGGCAUUGGAGUAUUGCUGUAUCUGUCUGUUUGGCACUGGUGCUGCACCAUAGCGAUGCACAGGAGCUACUUGCCACAGCGUUGCCUGCAGCAACUUCAACCUCAACCUUGCCACAGUCCAGUGUCCACUCGGAUGCAGCGAGAUCUGCAGCACGUGCUGGUGGCUCUUUAGUUGCUCACAGUGAUGUCUACAUUGCACGCAAUCAAAGGGAAUGCUUUGAGACGCGCAAUCUAGUGUCCUGCAUUAAGUACAGGGCAUCGAAGCUCAUUUGGAAACUGGCCACCAACGGCAUGGGCUUCUUUCCCAAUGAGUAUGAGCGGCAGCUGGAGAAACCACGCUGGCUGAGACUUGUGCAGCUGGGUGAGCCGUCCGAUGAGAUUGUGGUGUUCAAUGAUGCCAAGAGUCUGGAAGGGGACAAUGAGUUCAUUCGCAUUUUCAAGUUCCUCAAGCGAUCCAUGGAGACCUUCGGACGCAAUCAUGGAGUGCAGCUGGCAUUGCCCACGGGCACAGGUGCGAGGGUUGUGGAUGAGACAGAAGCUCGUUUACAUAAAAAGAAGAGGAAAUUGCUCAUCAUUUUACCGCUGAUUAUAUUGAUGAAAAUAGCCCACUUAAAGAUGACCAUGGUCACAUUGCUGUUGGGAGUGCUGGGCAUGAAUGUGCUGUUGGUGGGCGGUACUGGCUGGCUAAUACACUAUCUUAAGUACAAGACUCUGUGCAAGAUACACCCACAUUUGGUGCAAUCCCACUCGCAUGUCUACGACUCCGAUCCGGCGGAAUACUCCCAGUUCCUGGGCAGCAGCUUCUCCAACAGCUACAAUCCAUCCAGUCCGCAUGAGGUCAACGUCAAUGGCUACAGCAAAGACUGGGCCACGAGUAAGGCAUACAACGGCUAUAACUAUUUGGACACCAUUAGCAAGCGGACUCAGUGAAGCCAGACUUUCAGCUAGAGAGCGAUUCGUGCCAGGGAUGAUUCCGUGCGUGGUCCUAGUAAAAAUUGUCAUC